CUCCACCUCCAGAGAGACAGUAGCAGGAGGAGUGGCACAGGUAUACUGGAUAUUCUGGCUGGGUUUGAAGAGGGAGGAGAUGACGGGGAGAAACCUUGAGGGCAGCAUAGCAACACAAACCUUAUAAAGAAGGAAGCGCACCCUCACCAGCGGCCUCAGUUCAGCUCUCCUCCUGAACAGCAGCAGCAGCAGCAGCAGCCAUGCUCAGCCUCAUCAGGUUACCACGAGUCUUCACCAUCAAUCAAGUGCCCAAAGUUUUCCAUGAGGACAGCAUAAUCUCUGGCUACCGACACCCCCGCAGCUCCGCCACUGACUGCAUCCUGAGCCUCUUCCAGCUGACCAAUGAGACGCUCAACAUCUGGACUCACUUUUUGCCCACCUGGUACUUCCUAUGGAAAGUAGUGACGGUGGUGCUGAUGCAGACAGCGUGGCAGGACUCCCUCAUCUGGCCUCUUGUGAUCUUCCUGCUCACCUGCUGCAUUUACCCGCUGGCGUCGAGCUGUGCUCACACCUUCAGCAGCAUGUCGACAAGGGCACGCCACAUCUGCUUCUUCUUUGACUAUGGAGCCCUCAGUCUCUACAGCCUGGGGUCAGCAAUCGUUUAUUCAGCUUAUGUUUUCCCGGACAAGUGGGUGAACAGCUUCUUCCAUCAGUGCUACGUCCCCAUCGCUGUGCUCAACACUGUGAUCUGCACCGCCGUGGCCUGCUACUCCAGGCUUGGAUUACCAUUUCUGCAAUAUAAUUAUGACAUCGUAAAGAGAAUCCCUGAGAGCCAGGGUCCAAAGUUCAGCAAAUGUCUCCGUGUUGUUGCCUUUGCCUACCCCUACCUGUUUGACAACAUUCCUCUGUUCUACAGGGUGUUUCUGUGUGAAGGAGAGGGCUGUACAGACAAUGACACCAACAUCCUCCACUACAACCACAUCGCCUUGGCUCUCCUCACAGGCUUUCUGUUUGCCACACAUUUACCAGAGCGCCUGGCCCCUGGCAGCUUCGACUAUAUAGGUCACAGCCAUCAACUCUUCCAUGUGUGCGGCAUCCUCGGCACCCACUUCCAGAUGAAGGCCAUGGAACAGGACAUGGUAACACGGCGCACUUGGCUCCUGGAACACUCCAUUCCCAUUAGCUUUGCCAACUCAGUGGGUGCAGCGCUGCUUUGUGUGGUGGUAAAUUUGAUUAUCAUCAUCCUCUACAGUCUACCUCUCCUCUCUGCUCCAGUCCAUCAAGAAAAGAAACACGAUAAAGGUCCAAGGAAAGCCUCAGCCAACGUCUGCCCCUGCUAUUAAACCUCUGGCUUUAAGUCACAGCUGAGAGGUUCCGGCUGGUUAUGAGACAUAUGGACAAUAUGGAGUGCAAUAUGGGUGAUUUUGAAGAACACAGCUAUGAGGAACUGACAUCAUCAUAACUUGCGGUCGGCAUUAGACUCAUGGUGGAAAACGGCCUUCAGACAACACUGGGGUUACUGAUGUUACGUGUAGGUGAACUGAAAACAAGGGUGAAAGUUGCACAAGCAUAAAAUGGAAAUAUAACAAAUUGGUUGCCAUAAUAUGUAAGUAAUCUAAAUGUUUCUGAGGAAACUGUUUCCUACAAAAAGCUACAAAUGUAGCAUGUUAGCUACAUUAUGAGUGCAAUGCUGUUAAUGUGUAUGAAAUACUUUUUUUUUUGCUCUAUUCUCGGAUUCCCACACGUGGGUUGAGAAGACACUGUCAGGGAACACACAUUUUUAACAUUGAAAAUGCUAGUUACACUGUCAAUUUCAAAUUGUAGUGCUGCAUUUAGACACUGACCGGACCUCUUCAUAUUUGUAAUGCUUGUACACAGCCUAUUGGAUGGUACUGUCAUGUACAACAGAGACAAAAAAGACAAGGAAAGUUAUGAUAAGGGAAAGAAAAUGUUUUGCUCUUGUAUAAUGCAUGAUUACAGACUAAAUGUUUUCAGGUGUGUUAUUUCCCUCACAUGAUUACUGUUUCUGUCCCUGUGCCCUGUGAGACAUGCCACAUUGUUCUUUUGAUACAAAACUGAAAGUAUUUAUGUGCAUUUUUAUUUAUUAUGAUUUUUAAAUAAACUUAACCCAACCUG